UUGCGAUUAGAAAUAGAGCAAGUAAUUGUUGAAUUUGAAGAUUACAUAAAAUUAUUAAAAUUAGACCAAAGUACAGAAAAUGUCGCAAGCCGUUUACCAAAAUUAGAACUGCUUAAAUUUCAUGGAGAUGUGCUUCGGUGGCAAGAAUUUUGGGAUAGGUUUUAUUCUAGCAUACAUGUUAAACUAAUUAGGAAUGUUGACAAGCUAGCAUACCUUCAAAGUUGUUUGGAAGGAGAGGCGAAAGAUGCUGUAGCGGGUUUGGAGAUAACUAAUGACAACUAUGAAAUAGCAUUGAUUCACUUUUUGAAGGACAGGUUUGGAAGUAAAGCAAUCGUAGUUGAUGCCCAUUAUAAAGAACUUUAUCAUAUGCAAGCUAAAAACUCGUCAAUUAAAGAAAGUCGAAGAAAAUUGAAUGAGAUUGACAGAAACUUGAGAGUGUUACAGUCUUUGGGAGAAAAUGUGAUAGGGGCUUACUUGAGAAAGGUUAUAAUAGAGAAGUUUUCAGAAGAUAUACGUAUGGAACUAAUACUUAAAAUGUCUAAGGAAGAUGAGUCGGUACAGUGCAUCCGUAAACAUCUGGAACACUUGAUAAAUACAAAGAUGGAAACUUCACACAAUUUAGUCGCUAACCAGUAUGCUUCUUGUAGUGCCAACGAGAUUGCUUCGCUCUCUACAUUACUAAUGAGGCAAAAGGGAAGACAUAUUAAAUCAAGCACAAACCUUAAAAAUCAAAGAGCUGUGCAGAAAAAGGGGUCAAAGAGGAGGUUGGUUAUCAGACGAGAUGAGCAUCAAGAAAGAAAGAGGUUGGCCUUCAUAUUCUUUCUUGCAGAUCAUUUUAAUGAUGAGUGUAAGGCUUACAACAAUAUAAAGAAGAGAAGAAAGGAAAAGACAAUUAAAGGGUCGUUGUUACUUAUGUUUUAA